AUGGAAACCCGAAACAAAGAUGGCACUUGGCCCAGCGCAAAGCACUGUGUCAUAAAGAAUGUGUCAAAGGAAGAUGAGGACUUCCAGGGCCAGCCAGGCAUCUGUGGUCUUACCAAUCUGGGCAACACGUGCUUCAUGAACUCAGCUCUGCAGUGCCUCAGCAAUGUGCCACAGCUCACUGAGUAUUUCCUCAACAAUCGUUACCUGGAAGAGCUCAACUUCUGCAACCCGCUGGGCAUGAAGGGUGAGAUUGCAGAGGCCUAUGCAGAUCUGGUGAAGCAGGCAUGGUCUGGCCAUCACUGCUCCAUUGUGCCUCAGGUGUUCAAGACCAAGGUCGGCCACUUUGCUUCCCAGUUUCUGGGCUACCAGCAGCAUGACUCACAGGAGCUACUGUCAUUCCUCCUGGAUGGGCUUCAUGAGGACCUCAAUCGGGUCAAGAAGAAGGAGUACGUGGAGCUGUGUGAUGCUGCUGGGCGGCCUGAUCAGGAGGUUGCUCAGGAGGCCUGGCAGAACCACAAACGGCGGAACAAUUCUGUGAUUGUGGACACUUUCCACGGCCUCUUCAAGUCCACAUUGGUGUGCCCUGAUUGCGGCAAUGUGUCUGUGACCUUUGACCCCUUCUGCUACCUCAGCGUCCCGCUGCCUGUAAGCCCCAAGAGGGUCAUGGAGGUCUUCUAUGUCUCUAUGGAUCCCCGCCGCAAGCCAGAACAGCACCGGCUCGUCGUUCCCAAGAAAGGCAAAAUCUCGGAUCUGUGUGUGGCUCUUUCCAAACACACAGGUGUCCAGCCAGACAGGAUGAUGGUGGCUGAUGUCUUCAGUCACCGCUUCUAUAAGAUUUAUCAGCUGGAGGACUCUCUGAACAGCAUUUUGGACCGAGAUGAUAUCUUCAUAUACGAGGUAUCAGCUAGGGCUGGGACUGGUGAAGGCGUAAGAGAGGACGUUGUGCUUCCUAUCUACCUGCGGGAGCGCUGCCCAGCUCGAGAAUUCAACAACUCCUACUAUGGCCUGAUGCUUUUUGGGCACCCACUCCUGCUAUCAGUGCCCCGUGACCGGCUCACCUGGGAUGCCUUGUAUCACAUCCUGUUGUACCGGCUCUCACGCUACGUGGCCAGGCCCAGCUCAGAUGAUGAAGAUUAUGGAGAUGAGAAAGGAGACACAGAGAAUAAGGGCAACAUCUCCAAGCCUGGCCAAACUGCUGGGAGCAGCCUUCAAGACUCUGGGCCAGAGCAGGCUGGGCCUAGCUCUGGAGUCAUGGGCAGGAAUCGGGCCCCUGCAGACAACUCCCCUGGCCCUUCUAACUGGCCCCAGAGGUCCCGGCGCAAGCAGCUGUUCACCCUGCAAACAGUGAAUUCCAAUGGGACCAGUGACCGCAUGACCUUCGGCGAAGAUGGCCAUGCCCAGCCGUACAUUGCCAUUGACUGGGAGCCAGAGAUGAAGAAGCGUUACUAUGAUGAGGUGGAGGCUGAGGGCUACGUGAAGCAUGAAUGUGUUAGCUAUGUGCUGAAGAAAGCGCCGGUGCGGCUCCAGGAGUGCAUUGAACUCUUCACCACUGUUGAGACUCUGGAGAAGGAAAACCCUUGGUACUGCCCCAACUGUAAGCAGCACCAGCUGGCCACCAAGAAGCUGGACCUGUGGAUGCUGCCUGAGAUCCUCAUUAUCCACCUGAAGCGCUUUUCCUACACCAAGUUCUCUCGCGAGAAGCUUGACAUCCAUGUGGAGUUCCCUAUCCGAGACUUGGACCUCUCUGAGUUUGUCAUCAAACCGCAGAGCGAAUCAGAUCCGAAGCUGUACAAAUAUGAUCUCAUUGCAGUUUCAAACCAUUAUGGAGGCCUGCGUGAUGGACACUACACAACAUUCGCCUGCAACAAGGAUAGUGGCCAGUGGCACUACUUUGAUGACAACAGCGUUUCUCCAGUGACUGAGGAUGAGAUUGAGUCCAAGGCAGCCUAUGUCCUCUUCUACCAGCGCCAGGAUGUGGCACGACGUAUGCGAUCCCAACCCAGCACAUCUGGUCCCCCAGCACCUCCUGCCUGUGGUUCUCCACCCAGCUCUGAGUCAAUGGAUGUAAACUGA